UCCUUCAGCGCAAGUGAUAAGCCAAACCGUCGGACGAGACUUUUUAAAUCAAGCGCGCGCGCGCGCUCGAGAGAGAAACACCGCUGAACGAGCUCAACGCCAGCUUCCAACCGACCGAACGGCCGAGCGCCGAACACACCGGGGUCUGAGAAUUCGGUCUGAUUUAGUACCAAUUGCCAGUGCGUCCGGGACGGUCACAGAGCGCAUCUCAACGGGUCGUGCUUCAAAAUCAGUUCGUACAUAUUGAGUCGACCGAGAGGCCGAGAGCGAUUCCACCAGCAACGUCCGCCGUCAGAAGUGCGCGCGCUAAAUGGAUGUUUAAUUAACAUCAAUUCGUGAACGAAGUGAAGGACCGUGGUUGGGAGGACCACACUUGACACCCGUGCAGUGUGUGUGUAAAGUGGAGCAGACAAUCGUGGCAAGUUGUGAGCCCACCGAGCGAGGGUGCCCGUGUCUAUAUCUAAAGCCGUUCGUUUGGGAUGGGGAUUUUAGAAGACAUUUUGGUUCCUAAAAUGAUAACGAAAUGAUACACUAUCGGACGUGAGUGAGUGUGUGUGUUAAAGAUAUGCUACAGCACCCAUCGGGUGGUUCGCCUUUAUCGUGACUUCCUAGUAAAGACCCGUGGCCCGAAAGUGCUCAAACAUCAACGGUGGUAACCCGUGCUGUGAGUAAUUACAAGUGACAAAUGAUAGAUACCAAACCCCUGCACACAAUCACACCCGGCGCGUGGAAUUGUGACGAUAAGAUGAAGCACAAGUUUGGCGGUUUUCGAGGCGUGUAACAGGUGAUGCAUUCCCAGUCCGGGCUGUAUUCCGGGGGGUGUUACUGCGUGUCCAGACCGUUCCAGAAGGAUACUGUUUUAAUGUUUAAUGGAAGUGGGAUCUCUGCUCGUGUCGAAUUGUGUCUAACAAGGAACAAGUUUUCAUCGUAGUGCGGAUUGCGCAACACAUUGCGCGCCUUUAGUGUGGAUCGUUUACGGCAAAUGUCCAGUGAAGAUGGUUCUUUAGGCUGGGCCAGGGCGUUUGACAACCGUUCCAGACUGGCAGACUUUUGUUUCGAGUGUUUCCGUGUGCGUCAUUCACAUCUCAAGAGGUAAGGGAUGAUAGUGUGUUUCUGUGACUGUUUGUGCAGUGAUAAGAGAAAGCCCCGUUCAAGAGCCAUUCUAAAGUGCUGGGAUCUUGUGAUCUUAGGUAGAAAAAAAACCCGCAACGUCUUCUAAACGUUAUUGCUCCGCUCCUUACAGUGACUAAAAGAAAGAACGUAAAACAGAAAACAAAAUGGGAUUAUUCAAACUUUUUAUAGGCGCCCGAUUUGAGACGGUUUGCGUCCUAAGCUGAAACACACAAAAAAAAAUCUUCCUUAUCUCAAAGGUCGCACGAUGAAUCGAUCUACGUCGCAAUGUUCCUCCUACUGCUGCUCCUGAUAAUGGACCACAGUGGUGCGAUUUGGAUGCGUUUGUUCACCAUCGGUUCUGUCCGGCGUUUGCUAUUCUACGCUCAUGAAACGAUCAUAAUGAUCUUGCAUUAACGAUUACUCACCCGUCUGUCGGAAAGCGUUGUCACCAACUUCCAACCCCCCCAGCACUGUCAGCGUUUGCAGUGCAAUCUGUGAAUAGUUAGCCGUGCUAAAGCAUCACCGUACGCUCGAAUGGAUGGAUGAAUGGCCAACUGUCGAUCAUAAUUUUCGCUACCUUUUACACGACCCACAAGGUUAAGCAGCGAACGGGCAGGGAGGUGCAGGGAAGGGCAGACGUACUCAUCGCGAAAAACGAAACAAUAGCAUACCGGAGUGGAUCGGCUGUAGAUCUGUGUGUAGUGCAGUAGUCAGACAUCGUUUCAUCGUGAUCGCGGAAAGCUGCGAUCGUUCCAAGAUCUUCAACGCAAAAAUAAACAACGCACGCACACCCAAUCGUGUUUGACUCAAUUAAACGAAAUUAAAUCAAUUAACUGGGGCAUUUUUUUUUUGUUUUGUUCAACGUUCGCUAAUGGUGGAGCAGGCAGAUCUCACCCCCCCCCCCCCCCCCCCCCCCCAAAGGGUCUCAUCAAAUAAACCCCUUUUCCACUGGGGACUGCACUCGUCGGGUGGGGAAAAUGUUACAGUUGUGAGAAGCAAAUAUUGAUCUUUUGACGUCUGGUGCGAGUAUUUGUGUGCGGGCGUGCCUGCGUGCGUAAGACGCUCCCGAGUUUUCUCGACCUUCGAACUGUUGCAACGCAACAGUCGAUCGACUGGCCACCACUACUAAUUGACAGCCGGACGUGUUCUCCGGCGCGUUUGGUAUAAUUUGGACAUUCGGGUGGAAACUGUCGUGCGAACGGAUUGUCUCAACUGUGUGUGGCACACUGGACAUACAGGCCAAUUGGCAUUUCCUGUGCAUUUAGCAACGUCAACAAUUCCCGACCCGAUCGUACUGUCGUAGGGCCGGUUGGUGAUCGUGUUCUAGACCCCGCAGCAGUACCGUUAUUGUAUGCUUCAUUGCACAAAACGCACGCGCGCACGGACGGCAGGUGUGAAAUUUCAUCAGCUGAUGUGAUUGCACGUGUUGAGACGGGACAACACGGGAGAGAGAGAGAGAGAGAUAGAGAGCCGCUUAUCCACUCUGCUAAAACCUGUAAAUGAAAACCAUCAUCAUCAGUGUAGAUUAGUGCAGCCGUUUUGAAGUGACCUAAUUAGUGCCAUGUGUAACCGGAGAGGGAAAUAUUGUACGUCCGGCCACCCCCUGCGGUACUAGAAUUUCGCGAACCGCGAGGUAAUUUGCCCGAUAGGAGAGCUCGUGAGUCUGAAUCAAAUCAGGAAAAUAAAACAAACAAACGGUACUAAUGCACAUGGUUUUAGAGGUGCGAUAGUUUCAGCAGAAUUGCCCCCAUUUGAAGGAAACGUUUGUGCUAAACAACUGAGUAGAGUGAAUCAGGUUUAAAGGUGAAGUGAAAUAUUUGUGUUUUUUUUUCCUCAUUUUAAAACGCCUUUUUUGAGAAAACAUCAACCACGUGCUAUUGACAAAAAACCGCGCAAUGGAGUCCCCUGGUGGCGCACGCCUGGUGCAAACCCGCCACAACGAUCAACAGCCCAUAAACACGCAAUAAAAUCAGGUGUGUCGGGUCACAACCGUUUUGCUAAUGGAAAAUAGUGCUUUGUACCGCAACCGGUGUGUGUGUCACCUAAUUGUGUGUGUGCUGUGCGUUAUGUGUAUGUGACCUCAUAAAUUAAAUUAAAAGCGAAUUCGUUUCACCUUUUAAGGGAAGAAGAUCUCGUCUGCGUCCCAGUGGAUGUUGGUGCGCGAGCGCUUCGCUCGAUCGAACCGGCCAAUUGUUGCACGUUGAUUGACGGUACAAUCCGACAUUAGAAAUCAACAAUCCAGAACGUUGGGUGAGGAGGGUGAGGGCCGCCACGCCCCAACAACAUGUCAACAACGGUGCCUGCUAGAACUAGAAGAGCUCCAGGGAGAAACGCGGGGGAAAUAUAUUGUUGCAUUGAAAGGGUUUUGGAGAACGGACUAGUUUCGUUCAAGAGAUUGCAGGAAACGGAUUACUUCCAAGUAGUCUUAGAUUACUGUGACUGUACGACUGCGACGUUGGUGUAAGUUGAUAAGAGGUUGUUUUUACGGUUCGCACUCCAACAACAACACUCCAAGCUUACACCCGCUGUCCACACUAUCAGGCCAUAAGUCAUAAGUAAUGCACUUGAUCGGUCUUGAUAACUCGACCGAUAGAGCAUACAAAGAUAGAUCGUUAAAACGUGAGUUGCAGCAGUACACAGCAUAGCUCCGUGGCGUAAUCGAUCGUUGUUGCUGCUCGUCAGCCUCUAACUAUGGCAUAACAGCAUGAUUCUAUUCGAAACAGACCCCUCGCCAGAUUUGACGAAUCAUCGCACACAAUGAUUGUGCUCCGGUAAAUGUGUAACCUUCAAUUAAAAAGGUCUUUGUUUUCCCUCUCCCCCCCUUACCCGUAGGUAAUAUCCAGCCAGAAUGCAUCCAAUGAUAAGCACAUCAUCCGCCACCCUGACCCUGACGACGACCGCCAUCUUUAUGCUAACGCUCAGCUAUGCAAACGGGUUCGCAACGCUACCGACGGAGCUGGAUCGGACGCAGCAACGGUGCCAGCUCGAGCGCACCUACAAAAUGGUCGGCUACAACUGUGCCAACCUAAACCUGAAGGAAAUUCCCCAGACGCUCAAGUCUAGUCUCGAGAUAUUCGAUCUCAGCUUCAAUCGUAUCCGAGAUUUAAAUCCGCAAUCCUUCGCCCGGUACGGUUCGGUCAAGUAUCUGUAUCUGUUCGAGAACAUGAUCCACAACGUGGAGCCGGAAACGUUCAGCUCGCUCACGAACCUGGAGGCGAUCGAUCUGUCGAAUAACGCACUGAUCAGCAUACCGCUAGAGCUGUUCCGGCUACCCUCCCUGCGCAACCUUUACGUCAGCCACAACACACUCAGCAAGCUGGACGAAGAUCUUCCUGCCCUAGAGAAGCCAAUCAAAGCCCCACUGCAAGUGCUCGGGCUGGCCGACUGUCGGUUACAGCGGCUGCCCGACCUUGGCGUCCUGCCCGACCUCUGGCAGCUCAACAUCUCGUCCAACCCGAUGAAAGAGCUCACCCUCGGUCAGUUCUCGCCCAUGUGCAACCUCAAAACGGUCGAGCUGAACAACACCCAGAUCCCGAUCUGUCCCUGCCAGGUGCUGACGGCCGAGUUGGUCCUUCGGCGGACCAAAAUUAUGUUCCCACCCCUGUACUGCAUCCCGCUAACAUCGUCAGAGCAAAACCUGUGCAAUGCCGAAGCGAAACGCGACAUCGAGCCGGACCAGGUGGCCGACUACCACCAGUGCAUGGAGAUACGCAACUCCCGCCAGCUCGACACGGAAGCCAAAUCGGCCUGGAUGAAGAUCUCGGCCGCGGUGGCCGGCUGCAUCGUCCUGUUCGCGACCAUCCUCUUCUGUCUGCAUCGGCGGAACGCGCGCCGGCUGAAAGCGAAGCGAAAGCCAAAGAAGGUGCCGUUGAAAAGCAUUAACCGCGUCAUCCUGGUACCGGGACCGGCCGGUGAUGGGCCCGAGUCGGAGGUGCCACCCGCGACGACGACAGGGACGACCAUCACUGCCAAGUGUGAUAAACUGUUGAGCGAUUGUGAUUAGUGAAGAUACGCACCGAGUUGUUUGCUUGUUGUUUUGUUUAGAGCAGCUUCAUAAGACUAACGAUAGGAACUUAGGGUUUUUUUCGAUAAGCGAAGCGUUCGUCCUCCUGUACAUAGGCCAUUGUUUUUAGCAACAUACCAAAUAGCAACAAACAUACAGACAGAUUUAAACGCGCUCGUUGCCAUGUAAUAACUUAAGAACUUCCUAGAGUAUAUUAGCAAUUGUUGAUAAAAUACGUGUUAAUAUGUUAAUGAUGAUGGUAUGAUGGGAAGUAGUGCACAAAUAACAGUGAAUUACUGCUACUUGCUGACGAACGAACCUGUCUAUUUGUAACGAUGAUCAAAUACAUGCGUGCCAAACAUAAAAUAACGAUACAAUUUUAAGAAAA